UUGGGCAUGACCUACACGCUCCUAAUGACAGUAUAGAACAGAUAUUGUUAUCAGUCAAUUCCGAAUCGUUCACUGUUCGGAAGGAAAACGUUAAACAAAUUUUGAAAUGUUAGUGAAAAUUCUAGUAGCAUUGAUUUGUUUUAUAUAUUUUCCAGGUUAUUGUCAAGAUUUCGGCUAUGACGGAAAUAUAGGUCCAAAUCACUGGUCCGAAAAAUACAGUAAAUGUGUAGGAAAACACCAAAGUCCAAUUGAUAUUGAAGAAGAUAAUGUAAAAAUAAUAAAAUUUCCACCACUGAAAUUCGAUCAUUUCAAUAGUAAUCUGAAAGAAGUGAAGAUACUGAAUAAUGGGCACACUGUUGUUCUCUCAAUAUCCAAAGGAAAAUUACCAGUAAUAAACGGAGGACCAUUAAGAGAAAAUUAUAAAUUUACUCAGCUACACUUCCACUGGGGAGUCAAUGACACAGAAGGAUCUGAGAGCCUGAUUAACAACCAUAGGUAAACAUAUAAGAAACAUAAUGAGUCUUUAACGUAUGUACAUAACUCGUAUGUACAUUUGAGGAGUGGAAUCAUCUGAAAAGUUUCACAAUAAUGUACAAAUGAAUUCCUCAUUUUAUGAUUUUCUAUUCUUUAUUUAA